CGACGCUAUCCCGAGCUCGCGCCGAUCCUCGCGGGCGACCUGAAGCCGCCCGCGUUCGACGUGCGCACCAAGCCGCGCGACUCGAUCCCGUCCGACAUCUUUCGCGCGCACCGAUACAUGUACGCCGUCGCGCGCGCCCAGCCACCGCGGCACAUGCGGCUCAUCUCACCCGAAUUCCCGUGGUCGGUCGACAUCAAGGUGCAAGGGGGCGGGCAGGUGAUCACGGUCGAGGCCGUGUGGGAGGCGUUGUACAAGGCGCUGCAGGAGCCGCUGGCGGACUCGGAGUGGGGUAUGAUCGUGCUCGACGAGAAUAACCUGGAGCGGAUGGAGUUCGCGGCGCGCAAGAGGCGGGAUAAGGAGGGCUCGAACGCGCCGCGGUACAAGCGCGUCGAUUGGCUGGGCGACGGCGUGCUGUUCAAGGGCCUCGUGCGCGACGAGGGGUUCGAGCGCAGACGGCUGCUGCCGGGCAGCGAGAAGUGCGCGGAGACGUGGGUGGUCAAG